AUGAAUGGGAGAUUUGUCAAAUUGCGCAACAGACUGAGUCAAAGGCUAUGGGGUCGUGCGGAUACACGGAUGAUGGGGUUGUUGCGAGUGUGUCGGAAUAUUGUCAGCAGUGUCCGCCUGAUGAUCGGAAGUGGAAUAAGGUUACGCUUAAUAGUGAAACCAAGACACAGUUGGCUUGAGGAGUUGUUGGAUGUAUAUGGCGAUCAUGUUUUGUUUGUUCUGAGGAGGAAUGGGCUUGGCGACGACGCAUCACGACUACAAACAACUCUUUCACUCACCGACGUGUAUCAUCUUCACUUACCUUCCAAAACAUCACUCCUUACACGCUGA